AUGGAUAAUAAGAAGGGCUUAAAUUUUUUUGGUAAAAACCUUUUUAAGAAUAUUAUUUAAUAAAUACCAUAAUAAAAUUCCUAGAAAAUAAUUAAUGUAGUUGGAUUAGUAGCGAGCGGUAUUUAAAAAGUCACUGAAGAGAUUAAAAAAUAAUAACAAAAAGCUUAAAUCACAAUAAUGGAUACAAAUAUUUUUUUUGAUCCUGUAUUCAAACAAAACCUUUAAAAAAUGAAAAAAAUAAUUAUUUUAAGUACAUUAAAUGAAAUCAGUUAAAAAUAAGAUUUACAACCUCAGCAAAUUGAUAUUUCAAGCUUAAUAUCUAGUGAUAGUCGUGAUUGUAUCAAAUAUCAUUCAGAAUUCAUAUAGCAAUAAUUAGUAUCACAUACUGAUUAGAAAAACACAAAGGAAUGGAACUUAUUUUCUUUCUAUUACUUUAUCACAACUUAUUUUGUUGACUAAGAGAAUUACAAAAAAAAUAAUGAAUCUUGCGGACCAACUGAUUCUAAAUUAAAAGAUUGUAUAUAAUAUUUUAUGGAAAAUCUAACUAUUGACAAAGUUAAAGAAAAAAUUGAAGAUAUAUAGAAAACCAUUAAAGAAGAAAUUUAAAUAGAUUAUGAAGAAAGUUAUGAAUCGCAGCCUUUUAUUCCCUACUUUUAAUAAUUAGAAAAACACCAAUACAGUGAUUAUUUCUAAAAGUUUAAAAUGGAUAGAAUUAAAUUGGAUUAACAAGAAUUAAAAGAAGAAGAGGAUUUUUUAAAUGACUUGAUUGAAUGCUACGAAAUCUGGGGAAACAUGAUUUUGAUAGACAAAUAUAGAAAAAACAGAGUAUUGCUUUACUUAUAAUUUUUAGACAGCUACUUAGCACAAGAGUCAAAAAUUAAUUUAAUCAAAAAAUAUGAAAUUUCUGAAUUCAAAUUUUUUGAUAAAUUUGAUGUAUUCUAUUUUGUGUUUUAUUCAGAGUAUAUUAGCACCCUAAAAUAAGAAGAUGAAGAUGAAAUAUAUUUUUAUUUUCUUCUUACUUGUUUGUUAAACUUGCUUAAAUAUAACUAUCUAGUAUUGAACAAGGAGCAAAAGCUAGUCAAGUUGAUAGAAAAAAUCAAAAGUUUUGAUAAUAUCAAAUUUAAACUAGGAUACCAGUUUCUUCUUAGAUUAAUGAUAGAUUUUUAAGAGAAGUUAACACUUUCUGAAUCGAAUGAUGACUACAUUUCCUAUGAAUUUGAAAACCAAUAUAAACAUGAAUUUUGUUAGAAAAGCUUAGUUUAGUUAUUUAAAGAAUGGACUUAGGAGAAGUAUUAAGUUUCAGAAAAAUAUAUCAACAAAAAAUAACUCCAGCUGUACAUUGAUUCAGCAUAAAGUGCUUUGAUUCUGGCAAUUUUACCAGAUUUAGUUAGGUUUUAUGAUAUAAAUGAGAAAAUACCCUAUCAACCUACUAACAUAGAUAUAGGGUAUGCUUAGCAAAUUGUAAGAGGAAAAAGACUCUAUCUUAAAAAACCUUAAGAAAAAGAUAAAAAUCUUACUUAUUGGAAAGAUUUAAUAAAGAAUAUAGAAAAAAUGAGAGAUUAAGAGUUCGAGAUAAAGAACAGUAAAAGAAAAUCUACCUAGAAAGAGUAAAAUAAAAUUAUAGAAAAUUAAAUUAUAGAAAAUAAAACUAUAGAAAAUGAAAUUAUAAAAAAUAAAACUACUUUUGAAACUUAAUAUCAAUCUCAUUUAUUUAAAAACUUAAUUCUCUCAUUCAAAUAAGAAAUCAAUGUUAAUAAUUUUAUUAACAAAAAUGGAAUCAGAAAUUUUUCUUUAUAAUCCACAGAUGAGAUUUUGGAAAGUUUAAGAAAUGAUUUCUUUAAAGUACAUGAUUAAUUUAUCAAAUAGACUAAAUUAACAGAUAUAAAAGAUCUAGAAGAUACCAAAUAAUAAUUCAAAAAUAUAAUCGAAUACUAUGGUUUUCUUAACAGAAAAAAGUACGAAGUUGUCAAAUAAAAUUUACAAAUGUACAUUAAAUUUGUAGAAUUAAUGAUUGAGUUGAAAUUGCAAUAGGAAUAUUCAGCAUUUUCAUAUGAUGAGAAAGAAACAAUAAAUAGUAUUUCCUAGUUUGUUGUUAAAAUAGUAGAACUUAAAGGUAAUGAAGGAAGUAUAGUAUUGAAAUAACCAUAAGAAGAAUAAAACGAUUAUUCAUAAUAACAAAUGAGAGAAAUUAGUAUUCUUUCCAAUCUACCUAAAAACAACCUCAUAAUUGAAUAUAAAGGUCAUUCGAAAAAUAAGAAAUAUUUUUAGAUAUUUUUAGAAUAUUAUGAAGGCAAAACUCUACUUUCUUUCAUAAAUGAAAUAAAUGAUAAUAAAAAAUACAAAGAUUAAAAUCAUAAAGAUUUGAAAUUGAGAAAACUUUAAAUUUCUAAAUAAAUUCUUUAAGCUAUUGACUAUUUGCAUGAGCAUAAUAUUGUGCACGGGGAUAUCAAAUUAUCAAAUAUUUUAAUUAACUCAUAGGAUAAAAUUAAGAUAAUUGAUUUUAGUGAAUCAGGCUUUUUGGCUGAAGAAACAAUAGGUUAUACUAUAGGAUAUGAUGCUAAGGAUAAUCUUAAAACUAGAUAUAUAGAUUAUUAUAGCUUAGGAAUAUUGUUGAUUAUAAUUUUUUACUCAUUUCAAAUCGAAAUUCUUUGUAAUUGUGGAGAAAAAAAAAAAUGUAAAAUGUAAAAUCACGAAGAAUUCAUACUUCAAGCAAUUUCAAAAAUGGAUGAAUAAAGAAAAAAUCAGUAUUCUUAAAUAUUUUUUGAUUAAAUUAAAAGUUUACUGAAUGAUUAACCUUACUUAAGAUGUACUCUUAAAGAAUUAAUUUAUAUUAUUGACUUAGAGAUUGAAAUAAUUAAUAAUAAUUUUACAGAAACCCAGCGUUAAAAAUGCGAAUAGAAAUAUUUUUAAAAAUAUGGUAAAAUAAUUGAUUAUAAAAAUAUUGCCAUUGAUCAAACAGAUAUGAUAUAAAAUCUCUUAUAUGGAAUCAAAAAUAUUAGCACUGAUCAGAUUAAUCAAGGGAUAAUUUGUUCAGAUAGUUACUCAUUUAGUGAAAGUCAAAAUUAAGAUGAAGAAAAUAAAUAAUUAGACAAUCAAGAAUUAAUUUAAAGCUAAUUAUUUUAUGGAAAUAAUAUUUUCGAGGAAGGAUAAACGAUUAAAAAAGGAAUUAAAAAUCAAAAUAAUCAAAUUUAAUUAAGAAAAAUCAAUGUAAAUAACUUAUAUGACAUAAAUUAAGUUUAAAAUAUUCCAGAUCAAGAAAACCAAAGUAGCACAUAAAACUGGAAAAAUAAAAGCUUAGAAAGCUAUUUUACUGAUAGAAUGGAUAAAGAGGAAAAUGAGAUGGUUUUAGUUGAUUAUUUGAAAAAAUUAAAUUUAAACUUUCAUUAAUAAAUCAGAAAGAUGCUAAAUGAAUUAAAAGGUAUAGUUAUUUAAAAAUAAGAGGUUAAUAAAGACUAAAAAAAUAAUAUCAAAAAAUACUUUUUAUAAUAUAAACAAUGA